CGCGCUCAGCCGCACGCGAGCUCCCUGGACUCCCCCGGAUCCCCGUCGCACGUAUACGCACACGUUGCCUAUCUCCACGCGCGCCGCCACGUUUUACGCACCCGUCUGACCCCUACUCGGACCUCUGAGAGAGCAUGAGAACGUCACCGAGUGAGAGCGUCGCCUCGAGGAGGAAAGCCUAGGGCGGCACUUUUGCAGGGAACCGAAUUUUGGACUUUCGGCCUCCGGACCAAACCCCCAACUCGGUCGUCAUGGAGCUCCAGACCGAGAUGCCAAGCAACACCACGGCGGGCAGUACCGUCCAGGAGGAAGAACUUCGUCGCAUCCUGUGGGAGAGGCAACAGGAGUGCCUGGAGCAACUGGCCUUGAACACCACCCCUCCACCUGAGCCGUAUUGUCCGGCGAUUUUUGAUGGAUGGUCCUGCUGGCCGAACACCCCCGCAGGGACGACCGCCUACGCGCCCUGUCCGGACUUCGUCACGGGAUUCGACGCCUCCUUGAAGGCGCACAAAGACUGCGAGGCCAAUGGCACCUGGUUCCGACAUCCAGAGUCCCACCAAGUGUGGAGCAAUUACACGACCUGCGUCAAUAUGGACGACCUCAGUUGGCAGCAGAAGCUAAACGUUAUCUACGAGAUCGGCUACACGAUAUCCUUGAUAGCGCUUCUUCUCUCCCUCGGCAUCCUCACUUACUUCCGGUCCCUGAGAUGCGCCAGGAUCACGCUGCACAUGAACCUCUUCGCAUCCUUUGCCGUUAAUAAUGCACUUUGGUUGAUCUGGUACGGGUCCAUCGUCGCCAACGCGGAGCUCCUUCUGACCAACGGGGUCGCCUGCAGGUUGCUCCACGUGAUCCUCCACUACUUCUUGCUGACGAAUUACGCCUGGAUGCUGUGCGAGGGCUUCUAUCUCCACACAUUGUUGGUCAGUGCUUUCGCCAGCGAGCAUAAAUUGGUGAAACUGUUGAUGGCCCUCGGAUGGCCAACUCCCGCGAUUUUCGUCACGAUUUACGCCAUCUUGAGGCUGACCAGCGACGACCCGGCCGACACUCUCCAGUGCUGGAUCAACGAAGGCAAUUACAUGAACGUGCUGGUAUAUCCAGUGUGCGUAUCCACGUUGCUGAAUCUGCUGUUCCUCUGCAAUAUCGUGCGAGUUUUGCUGACCAAGCUCAGGGCAGGCCCCGCAAUCGGCAGCAGACCUUCCCGCUCGAUGCUGCAGGCCUUCCGGGCCACCUUGCUGUUGGUGCCGCUUUUGGGACUGCACUACUUGGUGAUCCCGUUCAGACCGCCCAAGGGGCACUCCUGGGAGGAAGCCUACGAAAUCGUUUCCGCCCUCACGGCCUCCUUUCAAGGCCUAUGCGUCGCUAUCUUGUUUUGCUUCUGCAACGGGGAGGUGAUAGCACAGUUCAAGCGGAAGUGGGAGGGCACCGCGUUCAACCGGAAGCGAGCCAAUUCCUGCACGGCCACCACUGUUUCUGUCCGAUGGCGGGAGAGGAGAAGGUGUGACUACCAAUCGGCAGCGACGGUGGACCCCAAGGAAGACAACUGCUCGGAAAGUCAACCCGUCGUGGCAGCCGCCGCUCGCCGAGGGAGUAGCAACCACGCCAGGGUCCUCAUCAGACGGGCCGAGUCCAGAGAGGACUGCGACCAGUAUCAGACCCAGUGUUGAUGAAGAGCCUUCGCCGCCCCAGACCGGUACCGGAGCCGCGGGUCGCAAACUUCGGAGAUCUACUCCGAAGUGGUAAUUUCCAAUUUGCGAUCGCGGCUACCGGUCGUCCUGGUCGCACCAUAUGUACUAAGCGUCUUCGUCGCCGAGCUCGCUGGAAACCGAUUCGAGGGAACGACCGCGGUGCCACCGUUCCUUUAACUCGCAGACACCGACUCGAUCGUUCCCACGGACCAUGUACACCUGUAACACUGUGCAGCAUCCUCGAAUCGGUUUCUACGGGGCCGAAAUACCGAGAUUCUCCUGGAAACGAUCACCAGGGUUCUUGAUUUGGAUUCUUCCCUGGUGGCGAAUCGAGGCGUCUCGCGGUCAGGUGUGGUCCAAGGUCCUCGCGCGCUGCAUCGCUCCGAAUUGGGAUGGCAACUCUCUGGUUUCUUGAAUUGACUCUCUUGUAGAGGUGCGAGGAGGUCCGGGAUGUCUUGCUAUCGCGAUGUCGCUGGAUUCUGUCGAAUGCUAACACGUAUAGUCUUCUGUUCUUGUACAAAACUUGGUGCGCAGCACGCGGAGGCGCCGCGACCUCUUGGCCCGACCUCGGAGGUUUUCUAGAUUGAAAGUCAAUCCGCGCAAACCAUUAAUCCUCCGUCAACGUCCCGGGAGCUAGUCUAUUUUUCUUUUCUUUCUUCCUUUAUUUUUUUUUCUUGCAUAUCACCGUGAGAGCGACGAUGCACUCGUUCGAUCGAGUUUCCGAAGAGAACGUACUUACUACCGCGAUCGGCAAAGGAACGACGUUCUUGCGAACUAAGGAGUGUACAUAGAUGUUAAUGCGUACAAAACUGACCGACCUUGCUCCGUAUACGCGGGAUGUGAAGAGCGUAAGAAUGAAAAAUGCGUAAUGACGAUGCAGCUAUUGCCGAUGAUAAGGGGGAGUCGGGGGAGCCUUUUUUAGGGAAGAAAGGACUCCGCGGGGAAAACGAAUCACUUAAUACUCAUCUCAUAUCACUCGACAUACACACAUACAUGUAAAUGUACGUAGCGUGUAGUUUUUAUACAAAGCAGGAUAACUUUGUAACUGAGAAGCUUCGAGUGAGUGUUUCACGUGUAAGCCGAGCGUAAGAGGCGAGAGACCGAGCGUCGCGCCGUUGAUCGCGACUUCUGCAAUUUUUUAAUCCCACUUCCGGCUUUCGCCAGGCUACGGGAAAAUUCCAUGGGUUAGUGCAAAGUGUUCUAUGUUGAGUAUGAUUUUUUCCUCCGGGUUAUGUUCGUUCGAUUCGUAAGGAAACAAAUGUUAUUCCGCGCGAUGUCUGCCAUGGUUAUCGGGCACUAAAACGUUGAGAGAUUUCUGCGACUCUGGGUAUAUUGAAAGUCGUAUAUGGGUCGUUUAAUGGAGGUUUAUGCGAUAUACAUGAAUGUAUAUGAUAUUGUAUAUAUAUACCGGGUAUAACAUUUGCAUGCGAGGGGUAUCCUCGUUGCGCAAGGAUUUUUUAAAAUUCCGGUCAGCCACACUGGUGCUGAGACACAAAAACGACGCAAUACGUCCUCAUAAUUAUAGUGCACAUU